UUACUGUACUAUAUUAGUCAUUACAUACUUAUUGGGUUAAGUCUUGUUGGUGUUGUUUUACUUUGGGCUGUGUUAUUGCAGACUUGUGUUUUGAAAGUGAAUCUCGGUUGUUGCAAGGCAUGUGUGGUGAACUUGAACAAACUGUUGUGGAAAAUUGAUGGAGUGUAUGCAGUGGAUCUAGAUGCAGAAAAAGGGCUGGUAACAGUAUCAGGGAAAGUAGACCCAGCCACACUCAUCAAACACAUUGCAAAGAAGAAAAAGAAAGCUGAGCUCUUAUCCUAUGAAGAACCCAUUAAAAACAAAGACUCCAACUCCAAGAAAAACACUCCAACUCUCAAAGAACACAAAACAAAUGAUCACCAAAAGAGCAAGACCAAGAACAAAAGCAAGGACAAGGAUUGUUUCUGUGUCGACGAAUCCGAUGAUCAUGAAUUCGAAGAUUAUGUGUCACCAAAAGAAUAUGAAGAUGUCGAAUGCAGAGACCGCCAUUGUAGACUCCACCACAAGAAACCCAUCAUUCAUCAUGUUCCUCCUAUGAUUAAGCUUCAACCUCCUCUUCACCGUCCUCCUCCUCCUCCGCCACACUUUUCGCGGCCGCCGGACCCACAUUGGCAGCGCCACCACUAUGGAGAGGACUUGAUGGAGGGUCGGUGGCGGCGCGUGCAAAACGUGGAGCCGGUUUUGUAUGACAGGCCAAUACAACUACCUCAAUACGACCUGCGUCGUGGUUGUCCGAGGCCGUCUCCGCCACCGGCGGCGGUGGCGCCACAGUAUGGUUAUUAUGGGAGUAGGCAUAUACCGGCGACGAAUGAUUGCACUCAGUUCCUUAGUGAUGAGAAUGCUAUGGGUUGCAGUAUCAUGUGAGCUCAGCUAAUAUCAUGAUAUUAAAAUAUAUAUAUAGUUGGUGUUUAGAAAGAUUACUAUUUUAAUAGGUUAUUUUAGUUUUUAAUUAUUUUAAUAAGUUAAAAA